GCGACGCGAGUUACUUGAACGCAGUGAAGGGGAAUUCUCUUUAAAUGAAGGAGUUAGCAUGGUGAUCAAAGGUGCGGAGAUUGAAGCUGGGCGAGAAACCAGCUGACGCCCCGAGAAGGAGACUUCAGAAAUCUGCACAGAUUCUGAGUGAAGAGUUACUCUUCUUAAUGAUACAGACUCUGAAAUGGCACUACCAAAGUCUUGUGCAACCGUAGCUGCUAAUGAUAUGCAAGCAAACGGCGAUGCUGUCACUUCUCGGGACACACUCAAUAUUAAGAUCCAAGUGCCCGGGAGUGACAUUGUUGACCUUCAGUUAUCUUCUCAGGAAAUGGUCCAGGAGAUUAUCCGGGUUCUGACGGACCGUGAGGACACAUGCCAUCGAACCUGCUUCUCACUUCAGUAUGAUGGCAACAUUUUGGAUAACUUUGUAGAAUUGAGAAGUAUUGAAGGACUGAAGAAUGGAUCUAUCGUUCGAGUGGUUGAAGAACCAUACACUAUCCGAGAAGCUCGACUUCACAUCCGUCACAUUCAGGAUCUGUUGAAGAGUUUGGACUCUGGCGAUGCCUAUAAUGGCAUUGAGUGUAACUCGCUCUCCUUCUUGAGUAAUGUCUAUGAAGGGGAUGCUGGAGAAACAGCUGCACCUGGAAAGAGGAAAAGGCGCUCUGGUUCUGAUCAACCACUUGACACCGUUGAAUGCUCCCCUCCAGAAUAUAUUUUGCCAGGAUCCAAAGAUCGACCCCUAUCGCUUCUCCAACCAAUAACCACAGACAACAAGCAUCUGCAGUGCCUGAAGUCUCUCAUGAUGAGCGGUUGGAACCCUCCACCUGGUAACCGUAAAAUGCGUGGAGACCUUAUGUAUCUUAACAUCGUUACCAUGGAGGAUCGUCAUGUCAGCGUCACCGCGUCCACGCGAGGAUUCUAUAUCAAUCAAUCAACAGUGGAUGAGUUUAACCCAAAAUCUGACAAUCCCAAUCUACUGUGCCAUUCACUGGUGGAUCUUCUGAAUCAAAUUAGCCCAAUAUUCAAGAAGAACUUCGCAGCACUGCAAAAGAAGAGGACAAGCUGCCAUCCAUCCACAAGGCUUGCCACACCAUUCCAGACCUAUAAUUGGAUCAUCCCACACAGGCAGCACACCAUCAACUUUAUGAGGCCAGAGGACAGAUACGCCUCUCAUCUUUGCAUUGAAGAGCAUAUCACUGGACAGGUUCGAGAUUGGAAUGAGGAGCUCCAGGUAUCACGGGAAAUGCCAAGUCAGGACCUAAUGCAGCGACUGUUGAAGGAACAAACCAUCUUCAAGGUUAACAGUAAUUUUGUUGCAGCUGCUAUCUCUGGUGCAAUGGCAGUUGUUGAUGGGAGCAUCGUGGCCAUCAAUCCAGGAGACUACAUCAAAAUGCAGAUGUUCGUCUGGAAUAACAUUUUCUUCAGCUUUGGAUUUGACAUCCGGGACAACUUCAGAGAGUCCGGGGGGGACUAUGCUGCUUAUGCUGCAUCGAGCAAUGACUUGAAAGGGAUACAAGCUUAUAGUGAUUUAAACGUGGACAGUUUGCACCUACUGGGGACAGUAAUAGUGGAUUACCGGGGUUACCGAGUAAUAGCGCAGUCAAUUAUUCCUGGAAUUCUGGACCAGGAGCAAGAACAGAAUGUGGUUUACGGAUCAAUUGACUUUGGAAAAGCUGUCACUUCUGAUCAUGAGUAUGUUGGCCUUUUGCUAAAGACCUCCAAGCCCCUUCGGAUCCAGAAACACCUGAUUCUAAAUGAAAUGGAACAGCCCAUCAUGCUGUGCUCGUCUGUGGAUUGCAAAGGAGUCGUGGGGAAUGACGGGAGACGCUAUCUUCUUGAUUUAUUCCGGACAUUCCCCCUGGACCUGAACUAUCUGCCAAUAGAUGGGGAAGAGUUGCAUGAAGAAUGUCGAAGCUUGGGUUUCCCAAAAGAGUAUCGACACAAGCUUUGCUGUCUACGGCCAGAACUGGUGGAGACUUUCAUCCAGCACAAGCACAUGCAGUUCUCAAAGCUCUUGAAGGAGAAAAUGUACAGAAGUGACAGAAAGAGUGUAAUGGAGGAUGGCGACAGCGCAAUAAGGACUUAUGACUAUAUAAGAGAUGCUGAAGAGAUGAAGGCCAUAUGUCAAGAGGUGGGCUCCAUCAGUGAAAGUGUCUUUGACAUUCGGUUCAAUCUCAAUGUGUAUUGCCCAGAUAUAAGAUUUCAUGAGUCUGAACAGGAAGCUCUGCAGCUUCAGAAGCGAUUGAUGAGGGAUAUUGCAGCCUUCAUUGUGUCUGUACAGAUUCCCAAUUUUAUCAAAGACUGUGAGAGUCAUGUCGUUGUACCUGCAGACAGUGCCACAAUGACUGAUGCUCUGCACAAAUAUGGAAUUAAUAUUCGAUACAUUGGUAAAAUAACACAGCAGAUAAGCCAGUCAAAAAACAAGCAGUAUUUAGAACAUAUCUCGAGACUGCUGAUCAGUGAAAUCAUCACCCGAGCGGCAAAGCAUAUUGUAGUCCUCUACCUGCAGAGCGUGGAGUUAUCAGCUCUUUCAUCUGCCAUUAGUCACUUCCUUAAUUGUUUUUUGAGCUCCUACUCCAAUGGUGUUACACACCUGCUUCCGGGCGAGCUUGCAUCACGCAAGAAAAAAAACAAGCGCAAGAUGCGGAUUGCUGGGAGCGAUGUGGCAUGGGCUAGCCUGACUCCUACAGAGCUGUGGAAACAGAUUAACACUGAAGCUGUUGAAAGCUUUGACUACGCCUUGACUUGUGCUGGGAUUGAUCAGGCAGUGGAGCAGUUUGGCCUACAGAAGGUGUCUCUUUUGCGUGAGUUCUGCUUAAAGGCUGGAAUUCAGGUUCUGCUGCGGGAUUACAACUUUGACAAUCGUCACAAACCCACUUUCACAGAGGACGACAUUCUUAACACAUUCCCUGUGUUCAAGCACAUUAUUGUGAAAGCAACAGAUGCUGAGAAGGUUUAUCAGAAAGCCAAAGCUAAAAUUCAGAAAGGAAAUAUUAAGGAAGGUUUUGAAUUAAUUAAAGAAUCUUUAAGCUUGUUCAAAAAUGUGUAUGGACCAUUGCACUCGGACGUCUGUGGUUGUUUGCACCUGCUUGCACAGUUGAAUUAUGUCAUGGAUGAUAUACCUGAGUCUAUAAAGAACCAGCAAGAAGCUGUAAUAAUCAGCGAGCGGAUCCUCGGCUUUGAUCAUCCCAACACAAUUCGUGAAUAUACCAGACUGGGCCUUUACUGCUUUGCUAACAAUCAGAAUUCAACAGCACUGAGGCUGUUGUACCGCGCUCGCUACCUGAUGCUCACUGUCUUUGGAGAAGACCACCCGGAAAUGGCUAUCCUUGAUAGUAACAUCAGUCUAAUGCUCCAAGCUGCACUGGAUUAUGACCUUGCAAUUCGAUUUUUGCAGAAAAGUCUAGAAUUAAACCUUAAAUAUUAUGGGGCCCAGGCUCUACAGACUGCACUUAGUUAUCAUCUCAUGGCCCAAAUCUAUGCAAGCAAGGCAGAAUUUCGAACAGCUAUGCAGCAUGAGAAGCAAGCCUGCAUCAUCUACAGUGAUCAGCUUGGGGAGACUCACCCAAAGACAAAAGGAAGCUCUGAGUAUCUUAAGCAUUUUACUCAACAAGCAGUGAACCUACAGAGAACUAUGAAUGAAAUUUACAAGAAUGGAUCAAAUGCUAAUCUUCCUCCAGUACAGACAACACCACCAAGUAAAAAGACGAUACUGGAACAACUAAAUAUAAUCAAUGGGAUUGUUUUCCUGGAAAGCAGAAAAUCUGCCAUGGAAAAAGCAACUGAGCGAAUGCGGAACCUAAUUUUGGAAGAAAUCCAAGUAUCUCGGAGAUUAACCAAGACUCUUUCUGAUAUUGGUGUAGAUGAUCAGAUACUGGUCAAUGGAAGUGCGACCCUGGGUGAAAUUGCAACUGAUGCAGAGAAUCUAAUUGAGAAAACACUGACGAAAAGCAAAGUAGAGACUGGCUGUGUGGCAGCCGGGGUUUCAGCCUAACUGUUUCUUGGUUGUCAAUACAAAGAUGGAUUGAUACUUUCAUUAUCCGUGUGGACCCAAGUGCUAUUUUGUAUUACAGCUGAGGGAGUAAUCAUAAAAAAUAGGUCCCCGUUGAAGGACCAUCACAGAGUGGAAAUUGAAUCAAUAAGUGCCAUAAUUUAAAACAUUUUUUCUUUAAAGAACACCCUUUAAAUAAUUGUUACAAUCAGAUUGUACUUCAGCUAUUUCUGAACAUUGAAUUUAGUUAUGAAUUGCAAACAUUUGAUUGAACCAUGCAAUUGGCCACGUCUUCCUCACACUACUGGUUAAUGUAUAAAAUUGUGUUGUAUAGCUGUGAAAUAGCAAGACUUUGGAGGGGAAAAGAAACAACAGUAAAGAAUACUCAUGCUGUAGUAUUGAGUUAAUCAUAUACAUUAAUGAUUUGGAAGAAAAUCUUGUUAGCAUGGGUAAGAUUUCAGAUGACACAAAAAUCUGAUUUAAUGGAUGGUGAAGAAGGUUGUCUAAGGUUGAAAUUUAAGUUUAAUUAUCAUUCAACUGCAUAUGAAUACAGCCAGUGUUACUCUGGGACAAAGGUGCAAAGCAUUGCACCAACAGUCACACACAGCACCCAGGCAUGUAUACGAUAGGAAGCACAUAUACUCAGAAAAAUACAGUCACACAUUUUUAAAACAAAUGGUCCAAGUCCCUGAGUCCAUGAAUAUUGUAGCUGACCACAAUACAGCUGGUCUUCUGCCAAGCAAACAGUGAGGGGUGGGGUAGGGCAUUGAGGGUAGCACAGCCUCCGAUGGAGGUCACCAGCUCCGCCACCUCUCCUGGGCAGCUGUAAACGGAGUGAAACUGCAGUUAGGGGUCUAGUCCUCGUUACGCCAGAGGCCACACAGUGCCCCCACUAUUUGCCAAUAAAGCAGUGAAUCAGACUUGCAGCAUUCCACAUUAACAGGGUCUUGUGAUCAAAAGAAAGAUUACAACAUGAUUAGAUUCAACCAAGAAGAUGGACAAGAAAUUUAACUUGGACAAUGUGAAGUGAUGCAUUUUGGAAAGUUAAACCAGGCCAGAACAUGCACAGUUGAAUGACAGGGCACUGGAGAGUGACUUUGGGGUACAAUUACCCGGUCUACUAUGUCUCAACUUGCAUGGAACUGAGUCCUGAAGAAGACGUAAGGUCUGCUUCCUUUAUCGACUGAAGCUUUCAUAUAGGAGUUAGUAUCCUGUGUUACAAUGAUGCAAAUCAUUGGUUAGGCCGCAGCUUGGAAUAUCAUCUACAGGUCCGGUCUUCACACUUUAGAAAGGAUAUAAUUAAGAGAGAGCAGGCAGAACAGAUUUGUGGGAAUGUUGCUUAAAUCAUAGGGUUUUAGUUAAAAGGAGCUUAAAUAUGCUAGAACUAUUUUCCCUGGAGUAGAGUAGGUUGAGGGCAGACCUUGUAGAGGUUUAUAAAAUUGAGGGGUGUAUAGGUAAUCAGUUUUUUUAAGAAUAAGGGUGUCUGAAACUAGAGUGAAACUAGUUUAAGCUGAGAAAGAUUUUGGGGAGUUUUUAGGGGCAAGUUCUUCCAGAUAGUGGGAGACUGAGCUGCCAAAGAUGGUGCUGGAGGCAGACAGAAUUACAACAUUGAGACAUAUGGGCUGCUGGCAACGGUGAUGGAGGUGGAUACAAUAGGGUCUUUUAAGAGACUCCUGGAUGGGUACAUGCAGCUCAGAAAAAGAGGGCUAUGGGUAACACUAGGUAACUGCUAAGGUAAGGAUAUGUUUGGCACAGCUUUGUGGGCCGAAGGACCUGUAUUGUGCUGUAGGUUUUCUAUGUUUUCUAUAUGUGGAUAGGUACAUUUAUAAGAAAGGUUUGGGUCAAAUGUAGGCAAAUAGGAUUGGCUUAGACAGACAUCUUGGUUAGUAAAGAUGAGUCAGGCUGAAGGACUUGUUUCCAUGCUGUAUAACUCUGAAUGGCUGGGUUGCAGUCCAGAUAAAGGGUUGCCUAAAACAUCGACUGUCCAUGUCCCUCAACACGUACUGCCAGGCCCUCUGAAUUCUUACAGCGGAUUGCUUAUUUCUUGUAGUUUAAUUUUAUUACUCUACUGCAGUCUAUUUUAGGUAUGUCCAUUUAAAAAGAAAUUCCCUCUUCCCUGUGGGACCCUGUCUCACUGCCAAUUUCUUCAGUCAGGUUCACCCAGACUCAUUACUGCACCCAUUGACUUGUCUUUACCACCAUCAUGUCCUGCAGGCUUUCCAGCUCAGUUUUCAGACGUUCAGCACUUCUAAUGAUUUUUUUCCCUGUCAUGAAUUCUACUCUCUCUGCUACGUGUUGGUAUUAUCUUCUUUUUCAUAAAAUAGGGUUUCACUCUCCCAAACUUCUUGUAGACCUGUAGUUUGUCCUAUGCUGAUUCAUGCUUUCAAUCAGCAUUUCUUCUCGUUCCUGACAUCCAUAAAGACCAUAAGCUUGCCUAUCUUCAGGCUGGGCCCCCAGUGUCAUGCUGACAGUUCCCACUACUCCACCAGCUAGCAGCACCUAGUUCAAAUUCCUUUCCCCUGAUGGUAAUCACACCAUACCACCACUUCCUGCCUAACCCAAUCUUGUUCACUGCUUGUUCCUUGAAGUUUUAAUUUCCAACUGUCAACCAUGACAUCAUGUUUUUAUCAGGUAUUUUCUUCCCCAUUCCAGUCCAGAUAAAGGGUCUCUACUAUCCAUUUCUCUUCACUCAUGCAUUAGUUGAGUUCUUCCAAUAUAUUUGCUCUCUGAAUAAACUCUUCACUAUGAUAUUGAUACAGCCAAGUAUUUCAUUAUCAGAAAUAGUGUUAAUAUGAUAUAAAUAAAUAAGUGUACUAACACAACACAUUAAACUAAAUAUAUGUAGGAAUUGGAUAUUUAAUUAUCAGACUGUUGCUAAAAAUACCAUCAUUAGGCAGUUGUAGAUCUGAUAGGUCAAAUUCAACUUUCAAUUCUUAAGAGUCUAGUCAUUUUCUAGUUUUUGGACAAAUAUUCUGAACUGAGAUUAUGAAAACUUUCCAGUUUCACAAUAUCGCUGAUGGUUUUUGGUAAUUCCUAAUGAGAGAUCUGGUAGUCCAAAUACGCUUCUCAACUUUAAUUAUCUGCAAGGCUCCUUAUUUUGAUAAGACUGAUGAGGGAUAGUCAAUAUGGCUUUGUCCGUGGUGGGUCAAGUCUAACCUAUUUUAUAGGUUUUCAAGGAAAGUUCCAGAAAAGUUGCUAAAGGCAAGGCAGUGAAUAUUGUCUACCAGGGCAUUUGACAAGGUCCCACUUGGGAGGUUGGUCAAGAAGGUUCAGUCACUUGGCAUUCAAGAUGGGUGGUAAAAUUGAAUUAGACGUUGGCUUUGUGGUUGCCUCUGACAGGAGGCCUGUGACUAGUUGUGAGUUGCAGGGAUUAGUGCUGGGUCUGUUGUUGUUUGACAUCUUUAUCAACAAUCUGGAAAAUGAUGUGGUAAACUGGAUCAACAAAUUUGCGAUGACACCAACAUUGGGGGUGUAGUGGGCAGCAAGGAAGACUAUCAGAGCUUGCAGCAGGAUCAGGAGUAGCUGGAAAAAUUGCAGAUGGAACUGUGAGGUGUUGCACUUUGGGAGAACCAACCAGCUUAGGUCUUGCAUGGUGAGUGAUAUGUCACCAAGAAGUGCAGUGGGACAGAGGGAUCGUGGAAUACAGAUGCAUAAUUCCUUAAAAAUGGUGUUACAGGUAAAUAGGGUUGUAAAGAAAGCUUUUGGCACGUAGGCCUUCAUAAAUCAAUGGAUUGAGUACAGGAGCUGGGAUGUUAUGUUAAAAUUGUAUAAGACAUUAGUAUGGCCUAAUCUAGAGUAUUGUGUGCAGUUUUAGUCACAUACCUUCAGGAAAGAUGUAAAUAAGACAAAGAGUGCAGAGGAAAUUUACAAGGAUGCUGCUGGAACUUGAGGUGAGUUAUAUAGAAAAGUUGAGUAGGUUACAACUUUAUUCCCCACAACAUAGAAGAUUGAAGGGAGAUUUGAUAGAAGUAUACAAAAUUAUGUGGGGUAUAGAUAGGGUAAAUACAAGCAGGCUUUUUCCACUGAGGUAGAGUGGGACUACAAUUAGAGGUCAUGUGUUAAGGGUGAAAUGCAAAAUGUUUAAGGGGUACAUGAGAGUUGGUGAGGGAAUGAGCUGCCAGUGGAAGUGGUAGAUGUGGGUUCAACACUUGAGAAAUUUAGAUAGUUACAUGGAUGGGAGGGGUAUGGAGGGCUAGGGUUUGGUAUGGACUAGAUGGGCCAAAGGACCCAUUUCUCUGCUGUAGUAUUCUGACUCUAUGGUGGCUGGGGUAAAAAUAGAAUAGUUCCAAUGUAGAUUUUUAAACUUUAAAUUCUUUUGUGAUGGUUUUCUUCUGUGCUGCAUUAUUACUUGGAUUCAUGUCUGAUUUUAUACAUAAAUUUACCAUGCAAAUAUUUACUUUCAUUCAUAUGUACUCGUGGUUAAAUUGCAACAAAGACUUCUUUUUGUAAAAUAAUUGUUUUUGAAUAUUGUCAAGCUGCAAUUUAUUAUUUCAGUUAAAAAAAUAUGGACAUCAUUAACAGUGUGUUUCAUUGCAUUAUCAAUAUGCAAGAGGCAUCAAAUGAAUACUAGGAAAUACUACCUACUGACAAU